AUGGGACGUGUCGAACCCUUUACGUUCGUCGAAGGCGUGAAAGACACGGCGAACAACGGUGGCUUCGAUGACUAUGUCGACAUCCUCUCGGCGAAAGUCGCAGAUGUUGACAUCCAAUUCAGCUCGCGUCUUCGAGCGCAAUACCCUGAAAUGAUCGUGACCACAGUCCCUGGCGGCAAUGUCAACCUGAUUUACUUUGCCGACCUUGGUUAUGCCCACUAUGAAGCAGAUACCGAGCACGAUACUCUCAGUCGAUGGAGAGGAUUUGUCCCACCGGAUGUGAAGCGUGGAGGGGAGGGUCACCUGGGGGAGAUGAUUAGCUAUGCGAAAUACAAGUAUAAGUUUGGAGACGAGUUCUUUCUCCUUUAUUAUGUCAAGUUUAGCUAUACGAUCAUCCAAUACAUUCUCAAGGAGCCGCGGGGUGACAGCGAAACCCCUAACACCCACUCUAGUGAGACCGACAAGUUGCUGAAGGCCGCGGGCGAUGUCUUGUACAAGCAGGUGCCGGGAAUCUUUGUUUAUGACCGCAUCUGGGCAAAGGACCUCACGCUCUUAAAGGAGGUACAGAAGAUGACUUGGGAUAAGGUCAUCCUGGAUGAGAAGAUGAAAGAGAGCUUGGUCCAAGUCAGCCAGAAAUUCUUUGACAGCAAAAACGUCUAUGAUAAUCUCGGAGUGCCAUGGAAACGAGGACUGCUCUUUCAUGGCCCACCGGGUAAUGGAAAGACGAUAACUAUCAAAGCUCUGAUGCGGACUCUCUCAUUGCGAGACCCACCAAUACCAACCCUCUAUAUCAAAUCCGCUCCAGGCACUUACUACAUCCAUUCUGUAUUCGACUUCGCUCGAUACAUGUCACCUUGCUUGUUAGUACUAGAGGAUGUUGAAACCAUUGUAACGCCAUCAACGCGAUCCUACUUCUUCAACGAGGUUGACGGGCUCGAGAACAACAAUGGCAUACUGACAGUAGCGUCGACCAACUUCCUGGACCAGCUCGACCCCGGCCUGAGCAAGCGGCCCAGCCGUUUCGACCGGAAAUAUCUGUUCCCUCUUCCCAACCUACACGAACGGGAGCUGUAUGCCGGCUACUGGCGUGAUAAAUUGAAGAAGAACAAUGUCAAAGUUUCCUUCCCGAAGAUGCUGUGCGCUCCCAUGGCCCGGAUCACAGACGGAUUUUCGUUUGCAUACAUGCAAGAGGCGUACGUGUCGUCCCUACUCGAAAUAGCGCGGGGAGACGACAUGCCCCGAGUCGUUGGGUUCCCUGAUGUUGAUGAUGACAACGAGCACGAACAUGACCCAUUGGAACAUCAUAUCCUCUGGCGCGUCUUCAAAGAGCAAGUCAAAAUCCUCCGUGACAACAUGGACGGCCAACAUGAAGAUAAACCCCCACUAUUGCCACGUCCACCUCCGAAUCAAGUCCCAUACGAGGAGUCACCAACUAUCAUUCCUGUGGAAAGCUCAGUCCUCGAUUUCCCUGGUGGUCGUGGUGGUCGUGGCGCUGGUUACCGAAAUAACAACAGCAGCCACAUACCCGCAUCAAUCUUCCUGGGAGGAAGGAACGAUCUCGACAGAGACUUGCAAGCCCGACAGUUCCUCCAACGGUGGGAGAAAUAUCCACAACGCAACGAAGCUGCAACCGAGUAUAGAGGCCUCAAUUACGGGUUGACAUGGAUGACGCACUGA